GGCGGCGGCGGGAGCGCGCGGGCGACGAGCGGAGCCCGGAGCUGCCCGGCGUCCGAGGCGGGCGAGCGGGAGAGCGCGGGGCGUGCGGACAAAGAGGGCGCCGCGCUGAGAGCAGCGUCUGACAUGGAUGUUACAUGAGGCACUUUGAGAGCUGCACACAAGUAUGCGUGUCACUGCUGCGUUUCCCUGGGUGAACUAGAGGAAGAUGGAUGAGUCGGCCCUGCUGGAUCUGCUGGAGUGCCCUGUGUGCCUGGAGCGGCUGGAUGCCUCUGCCAAGGUCUUACCUUGCCAGCACACGUUCUGUAAACGCUGUUUGCUGGGCAUCGUCGGUUCCCGGAAUGAACUCAGAUGUCCCGAGUGCCGGACUCUGGUUGGCUCGGGUGUGGAGCAGCUUCCGAGCAACAUCCUGCUGGUCAGACUUCUGGACGGCAUCAAGCAGCGGCCGUGGAAGCCCGGCCCUGUGGGGGGCAGUGGCACCAACUGCACCAGCUCCUUGAGGGCUCAGAGCAGUGCUGUGGCCACCUGCAGCCCCAAAGAUGGCCCGAGCUCACAGGGUGGAUCCCAGCCGCGGGCGCAAGCCUGGAGCCCCCCGGUGAGGGGAAUACCUCAGUUACCAUGUGCCAAAGCAUUAUACAACUACGAAGGCAAGGAGCCCGGGGACCUUAAGUUCAGCAAAGGCGACAUCAUUGUCCUGCGGCGACAGGUGGAUGAGAACUGGUACCACGGAGAGGUUGGCGGGGUCCACGGCUUCUUCCCCACCAACUUCGUGCAGAUCAUCAAACCGUUACCUCAGCCCCCGCCCCAGUGCAAAGCACUUUAUGACUUUGAAGUUAAAGACAAGGAAGCUGACAAAGAUUGCCUCCCAUUUGCAAAGGACGACGUUCUAACUGUGAUCCGCAGAGUGGAUGAAAACUGGGCUGAAGGCAUGCUGGCAGACAAAAUAGGAAUAUUCCCAAUUUCAUAUGUUGAGUUUAACUCCGCAGCCAAGCAGCUGAUCGAGUGGGACCAGCCCCCCGGGCCAGGGGUCGCGGCUGGCGAGGGCACCCCGGCCACCACCCCGAGCAGCAUGGCCCCCAAGCAGCCGGACGGCAAGAAGAACACCAAGAAGCGGCACUCGUUCACCUCGCUGAGCAUGGCCAGCAAGGCGUCGCAGGCCGCCCAGCAGCGCCACUCCAUGGAGAUCAGCCCCCCGGUCCUCAUCAGUUCCAGCAACCCCGCGGCCGCGGCACGCAUCGGCGAGCUGGCCGGGCUCUCCUGCAGCGCGCCCUCUCAGGUUCACAUAAGUACCACUGGCCUGAUUGUGACCCCACCCCCCAGCAGCCCCGUGACCACCGGCCCCUCAUUCACGUUCCCGGCGGAGGCCCCUUACCCAGCCACCCUGGCAACUCUGAAUCCUCCUCUCCCCCCGCCCCCUCUCCAGGCGGCCACCCCCACGGGCAGUGCUGUUGCUGCUGCCGCCGGGAUGGGCCCCAGGCCCACAGCUGGACCCACUGACCAGACCACACACCCGCGGCCACAGCCCCGCCCCAGCGUGUAUGUUGCCAUUUAUCCUUACACUCCCCGGAAAGAGGACGAGCUGGAGCUGCGGAAGGGGGAGAUGUUUCUCGUGUUCGAGCGCUGCCAGGACGGCUGGUUCAAGGGGACGUCCAUGCACACCAGCAAGACUGGGGUUUUUCCUGGCAAUUACGUGGCCCCCGUCACGAGCAGGGCCGUGACCAGUGCUUCCCAAGGCAAAGUCCCCAUGUUGACAACUGGCCCAGUGAGUCGCGGGGGGGUCCCGGCCAACCCUCCCCCCGCAGGCAGACCUGCCCAGAAGUCCCCGGGGAACGGCGUGGCUGGCGGUCCCGGGGUCCCAACGGCCGUGGUGUCGGCAGCUCACAUCCAGACAAGCCCCCAGGCUAAGGUCCUGCUGCACGUGUCCGGACAGAUGACUGUCAACCAGGCCCGGAACGCUGCAAGGACAGUCUCGGCGCAUAGCCAGGAGCGCCCCACAGCGGCCGUGACACCUAUCCAGGUUCAGAGCACCCCGGGGCAGUCCCACCACCCCCUGGCGUCGCCGCAGCCCCCUGCCCCGCUGGGCCCCCCUGCCCACGCGGCUGCCAGCGGCCUGGGCCGGGUUGGAGGCCCCCUGGCCUGUACCACAGCCCCAGUGAGCAUCCCCGCCACCUCCCUGGAGUCUGAACCCAGCAGCCGCCCCGCAACCCUGCUCCCAGGGACACCCACCUCUCCUGACAGCGGCUCGGCAGCCAGGCCAGACAAAGACAGCAAGACACCGGGUGGUGGUCUCCUACCCGCCGCAGAGCGAGGCAGAGCUGGAGCUCAAGGAGGGCGACAUCGUGUUCGUGCACAGGAAGCGGGAGGACGGCUGGUUCAAGGGCACGCUGCAGCGGAACGGGAAGACGGGGCUCUUCCCCGGGAGCUUCGUGGAGAACAUCUGAGGAGCGCAGGGGCGGGACCGUGUCUGUCUCCACCUCCCUCCGACGGCCCGCGGGCACGUCGCCCCGCCGUGGCCACCGGACACCUGCCUUGUGCUGUCUCAUUCACUCCACAGAGGCACCUGGCUGAGACGGACAACUGUUUACAAGGCUUAACUAAUUUAUUUGCUUUUUUAAACUUGAAUUUUUCCUGUAAUAGAUGAAUUCUUUGGAUUAUGAUUUUGAGAAGUUAUUAAUUUAUGGAGCAGUAGCUGAUGAGAGGCUGGGUGACCUCCUGUUGGGAGCAACAGAGUCCCCUGGGUGCGGAAGAUGCCCCAGGGCUUCCCUGCUGGCUCUGCGGUAACAGCGGCCCCCCCUCCCGGGCUCACUCCCCUGCUUUGCGUCACAGAUGCUGGCCGUCGCGCUUGGCCGUCUCUCUGGGAAGUCAGGGCCCGCAAGUGAACCCAGGGCACUGAGGGAGUCCCCGGGCGGCGAGGUGGGAACCUGUCUUUCUGGUUGGGCCUGGAGUCACCCCAGAACCCAGUCCUCACUUUAAUCGUGAGGGUCUCCGAUUUCCUAGGAGGAGGGAUAAAGCACAACCCUUGGGGAGCUCGUGUUCAGAGAUAGGUUUAGUUGCGUCCCAGAAGCGGCUCGGCUCCAUGGCUGGACACCGAAGAACCGCGGUUGCGCCCUGUCUGCGGACGGCCUGCAUGUCCCCGCGCUGUCACCGCAGGCGGCCUCCAUGUGUGGUGCAGAAGGGCCCCCUGAGGGCCACAGGCGUUCAUGGGGUGCUUCCCAUGCCCCCCACCCCCGGGUGGGGCUGGACCCCACACAGAGGCCGCAGGGGACGCAGCAGCCAUGCGGCUGGGCCGGGCAGCGCCUCGUCUGCCCAGGUCACCCCGAGCUCCUGUCCCCAGGCGGCCGAGGCCAGGGCUGCGCCCCUUGCAGGACACGGGUGGGCUGAGCCCACGACCCCCGCCGCCCCCACCCCAGCCAGCCACACAGCCUGGCUCAGGGCCCCUCGAAGCAGAGCCAAGGAGGGGGCCUGGCAGCGGCAGAGGCCGCGACCACAGUUUUCUCGUGAAAAAGCAGAAACAAAACCCUUCUCAUUUUUUACCUUUAAGAAUUACAACUAGGGAGUCAAAACAUGAGCUGAGAGUCUUCUUGCAAGCAGUUUUAUGGUCUUAAAGAGAUAUAUUAUGUGGUUGAAAUGAAAUCAUUCCUAAAUUAACCAUUUUUUAUAAGACACUGUACAUUAUGUUCCUGUGUAUUGAAUUUUUAAAAAAAAAUACUGGGAUAUUCAUGUAAUAUAUAAAGUUUUGGUGAAAUGAACUUCAGCUAGAAAAAAAAAGCUGCCAUCAGCUUUCAUCUGUGUAAGUUGACACCAAUGUGUCAUAAUAUUCUUUAUUUUGGGAAAUUAGUGUAUUUUAUAAAAAUUUUAAGAAGUAAAAAGACUACUACCAGAUAAGAUCACUUUUUUACCUGUCUUUUCUCCAUAUUUUAAGCUAUGUGAUUGAAGUACCUCUGUUAAUAGAUUCCUGGUAUGAAGUUGGUUUAAAAUUUCAUCUGUUAAUAGAUCAUUUAGAUAAUAUAAUGUAUGGGUUUCCUGUUGGUUUUCGGGCACAGUAGAUGGAGACUUUGUAACAAGGGCUUGUUACUUGGUGAUAGGGUAAUGAUAAAAUUGCAGUUUAUCAUUCCUUUUCAUGUUAAUAAUUUGAAGACUGGAGAAAAGGUUCAAGAUUAAAAUUUGAUGUUCAAACUUUA